AGUGCUCGAACUUUGCGUCAUGACGCUCUACCGCGGAUGUAUGGCGAGAUUCGGCGUGCCAGCCUCCGCACUGAACUUCUCCGCACCUCCGCUCAUCUACUUGUACAGAGGAGACAACGAUGGGGUGGUCCCCGCCGCUUUGAGCGUCGUGUCCGCCCGCCAGGAACCCCCCCAGAAGCCCCCUUACAGUUACAUCGCCCUGAUCGCCAUGGCAAUCAAGAGCACGCCGGAGCAGCGCGCCACGCUGAGCGGCAUCUACCAAUUCAUCAUGGACCGAUUCCCAUUUUACCACGAUAACAAGCAGGGCUGGCAGAACUCCAUCCGCCACAACCUCUCACUUAACGACUGCUUCGUCAAGGUGCCCAGGGAGAAGGGUCGACCCGGCAAAGGCAGCUACUGGACGCUGGAUACCAAAUACACCAACAUGUUUGAGAAUGGCAAUUACCGGCGGAGGAAGAGGAAGGUGAAGAGUCAACAGGAGCGCGCUAAAGGUUCCUCGUCAGCCUCCGUAAGGGACCAUUCCAGCUCAUCUUCCUUGGUGGUGGAGAUGACGCUGAGGCAGGACGCUGAGAGAAUCGAGACCCAACCGGACUCAAUUCAACAGCAAAGCCGCAGAAAAAAAGGAUGUCACGCCGUGAAGCAAAACAGGAGGAAGGUGGACCAGAGGUACAUUUCACCGCGGACGCAGGGCGCACCAAGACUCAGCUUGCAAAUUCCCGGUGACAACAACUCCACUUCUCUUCUUGCACAUUUGGCUCCAAAAUCAGGCGUUCCCAGCAAGGACAAAUGCACGGCGUUCAGCAUUGAGAGCAUCCUUGCAAAGCGUGAAGGUGACCUGGGCUCGCAGCGCCAACGUACUGGUGUCGGUCCAAACAUGGUUUUGGAAACUCGACAGCAUCACUUCUACCAAAUGGGAUUUCCAUUUUGCUCUUAUUUGUCACUCUCUUGUCCAGAUCAAAUUCUGCCUUACAAAUCUGAAUAAUGAUUUAUAAUAUUAUUGAUUCAAACCGUGAUUCUCAACUUUUUUUGGGAGGGGUGGGGGCUUAGAUUUCAAGGCACACCAUCAAACUAGUUUAUUGUAGUCUGCCUGUCACCGCAAUAGACAGGUUGGACAAAGAAAUGAUGAAAUAAUUCUGAGCUAACCUUUGGAGCAAUAAAAGGAACUUUCAUGCAUCGGAAGAUCUUUCAUGGCACACUGCCACAACACACUAGUUGGGAAUCACUGUAUUAUGCAAAUUCUAUGCAAAUGCAGACCAGAUUAUUUUCAAAUGCAAACUUUCAAUCUCGCGACCCUUGUGAGGAUAAACGGUUCAGAUAAUGGAUGGAUGGACAUUCUUCUACUACAUGGCUCAGUCCGUUUAGAAGCCUCUCAUAUAAUGUUUUCUCUUCUGAAAUAAGAUAACAUGUUCCAAAGUAUAAUGUACCAUAUAUUUGACAUAGCUAUUUCUACAUUUUGUGUAUCGUCUUUUGUAAUCCUGCAAGUAAGAUUUUAAUCCAUGCAUGACCGUUUAUUUUCAUCUGCUGUGAAUUCAUUGUGUAAAAUAAAUUUUAAAAGAAGACCACUAAAUUGAAUAGCUUGAUUUUGGUCCAUUCUUUGAUUUGCAGAGUUUCAGAAGUAUCGAUAAACCUGGCCACUUUGUAAUUGUGGAAAACUAUCCAAAUUAGGAUAUGAUGUGUUUAAGGUUCAGAAUAAAAGUUAAAACUGAAUUUUGAUUCAA